CGUCAACAUCCCACGCUUAAAGACGCCCUGUUCGUCCCUGCAUGUCGAUUAAAUUCAAUUCAUCCUUCAAGCAUUCCCCCUUGCCUAUCCGAAUUAGCCAAAUUGGAAGAGAUGCUGUCUGCGCAUGAUCAUCUCCUCUGGCGUCAAACCACCCCCGGUCGGUGGGAACGCGAUCUAGACGAAGCGGAACAAUGCUACACGUCGCUUGAAAGGGCGUAUGAAGGCACUGGUCGACAUUUCUUUGCCAUUUCAGGCCAUAUCUCGCUUUCUGUUGCUAUCGAUAGAAGCUCGUCGCGUUCAAAAAUAGAAGCCCGGGUCCGAGAAUCGCUGCUAAGAGCGUGGGUUAAACUGCGAUAUGAUCAUCCGACGAUCGCGUCUUGGGUUGAAUAUGACAUCAAGGAGAAGAAGUGCAAGAAGAUAUACGAAGCCUUGCAGAAUAUCGAUUCAGAAGAUGACUGGAUGAUUGAUACCUUUAUCCUCGUGUCCAACGGCCAGACAGGCGCGGAAUGGUGCAACUCAGACCCGCCAGUUCCCAGACUUCCAACUCUGUUCUUGGUGAAACCACCGUUGGAUGUUCAGGGAGAUGCCACCGUUAGAUAUGAUCUCGUUCUGCGCUGCCACCACGAUAUCAUCGACGGCGUUGGGACCCUGCACCUUCUCGACAACCUGUUUAAACACGCCUCCGAAUCCUACGCGAACCUAAGGUCCUUUGUGAGACCAAGAUUUGGCGAUGAAUGUAUCAAUCUCAGUCCUCCAUUUCGUGUCGUUGCUGGUAUUCCGACCGAGAUGACAGCGAAGCAGAAGGCUGAAUGCGAGGAGAUUGUAUCGCACAAUGCCUCGCUCCGCAAGAAUGUUGAACUAGCAACCGUCCCUUUCAAGGCUGGCAUCGAGAAACCAGGAGCCCACCAGCGAGUUGCUCUAAAACUGCCCAAGGAAAAGACUAGUCGAGUAUUGCAAGCUUGCAAGAAGAUUGGUGUCAGCGUGACCCAUGCCUAUCAUGCUGCGAUCGCAAUCAGUCUACGCGAUGUCCAGGAACGGAAGACGGAGGAUAGAACCGUCCGGUAUAUCAACUAUUGCCUCAUUAAUGAACGCAGUCACUGCAAGGAGCCAUACAGUACACCUCAACAUGCAGCAACGGUAUACCACUCUGUGUCGGGAAAAAGUCUAAUCGUCGACAUGACAGUGCCAGCCAUGAACAAACAAAACGAAGACGACUCAACCGAGAAGGAAAGAAGAAGAGAAGAAUUCACCCGUGUGGCCCUCCGCAUGAAAAACCACUACCUCGACAUCCGCAACGACGCAGACCAUCUCCCAAUGACCCCAUACUACUGGUCGAUGAACACGCCGGAAUACCUAGACCCUUCAUCGCAUGCAAACCCCCCUAUUCCCAGUCCAAACCAAACCCCGUCUGCAUCUAUUUCAAGUAUGGGGAUCGUGGACCAGAUCAUCUCGCCUACCCAAGGUCCAUUUGAGCUUGAUAAUCCUUGGGUGACAGGGGAAGAGCUGGGGACAGGAUUCGGUCUGUUUCUGGGUACUUGGAGGGGACAAUUGACGUUGAGUGGUGCAUACAACGAUGCCUGGCAUGAUGAAGAGGAGGUGAUGGCGUUUUUAAAUCGGUGCAAUGACGUUGUUUGUCAGGGUCUAGAUCUAUAGAGUAUUAGAUAUCUUGAGCCAAUGUAACCUACGAAUUUGAU